AUGGCAGAUCUGCUGUCCUCUUGUCACACAGGAAGACCUCUUCACUCCAUCACGGAGCUCUACAGGCCGAGGAACGCUUGGACGCUCCGUCUCAAAUCCGCCGCCGAUCUGACCUGCAAGUUCCCUCUCAAGGCCCUAAUCUCCCGUAGGUCGCGGCCGCCGACGAGGCAGCGCACCGUCUACGCCACUGCGGCACCAGUCAGCCGGGAGAUCGAUGACCAGGCCGCUUCAGGAUCCAAGCAAUUUCCCGUCGAAUCCUCCUCCAAGUCGAAGAAGGUCAUGGUCAUUGGCGGCGACGGCUACUGCGGCUGGGCCACGGCGCUUCACCUCUCCAGCAAGGGCUACGAGGUGGCCAUCGUCGACAACCUCGUCCGCCGCCUCUUCGACCACCAGCUCGGCCUCAGCUCUCUCACACCCAUAUCCUCCAUCCACGACCGCAUCCGCCGCUGGAAGUCCUUGACGGGGAAAUCGAUCGAUCUGUUCAUCGGCGACGUCUGCGACUUCGAAUUCCUGGCCGAAGCCUUCAUAUCAUACGAGCCUAACUCGGUGGUGCACUUCGGCGAGCAGCGGUCUGCUCCCUACUCUAUGAUCGACCGGUCGAGGGCAGUCUUCACGCAGCACAACAACGUCAUCGGGACCCUCAACGUCCUCUUCGCCAUUAAAGAGUUCGCCGAGGAGUGCCACCUGGUGAAGCUGGGGACGAUGGGGGAGUACGGAACCCCCAACAUCGACAUUGAGGAAGGCUACAUCACCAUUACCCACAACGGGAGGACCGACACCCUGCCGUACCCCAAGCAGGCGAGCUCCUUCUACCACCUGAGCAAGGUCCACGACUCCAACAACAUCGCAUUCACCUGCAAGGCCUGGGGGAUCCGGGCAACGGAUCUGAACCAGGGGGUGGUCUACGGGGUGAGGACAGAUGAGACCGAGAUGCACGACGAGCUCUGCAACAGGUUCGACUACGACGGUGUGUUCGGGACGGCGCUGAACAGGUUCUGCGUCCAGGCCGCCGUCGGCCACCCCCUCACUGUAUACGGUAAAGGAGGCCAGGUACCAUGAAAUUUGCAGACCCUUCCUCCUCGGCUAUGCGGUUAGUCGCUCUGCUGAUCACAUGUCUGUUUCUUUCUUCUGUGCAGACGCGUGGGUAUCUGGACAUCAGGGACACAGUCCAGUGCGUCGAGCUCGCCAUCGCCAACCCGGCCAAGCCCGGCGAGUUCAGGGUGUUCAACCAGUUCACCGAGCAGUUCUCCGUGAACGAUCUGGCCAGCCUCGUCACCAAAGCCGGCGCAAAGCUUGGCCUUGAGGUCCAGGCCUUGUCGGUCCCCAAUCCGCGUGUGGAAGCAGAGGAGCACUACUACAACGCCAAGCACACCAAGCUCAUGGAACUGGGCCUCCAGCCCCACCUCCUCUCCGAUUCUCUCCUGGAUUCAUUGCUCAACUUUGCAGUCAGGUUCAGAGAUAGAGUGGACACUGCCCAGAUCAUGCCCAGCGUCUCCUGGAAGAAGAUCGGAGUGAAGCCACGAACAGUCGCAGCAUAG